AUGAAGACGAGCCGCCGCGGCCGAGCGCUCCUGGCCGUGGCCCUGAACCUGCUGGCGCUGCUCUUCGCCACCACCGCCUUCCUCACCACGCACUGGUGCCAGGGCACGCAGCGGGUCCCCAAGCCCGGCUGCAGCCAGGGCGGGCGCGCCAACUGCCCCAACUCGGGCGCCAACGCCACGACCAACGGCACCGCCGCCCCCGCCACGGCCGCCGCCGCCGCCGCGGGGAACGGCCCCCCUGGCGGCGCGCUCUACAGCUGGGAGACGGGCGACGACCGCUUCCUCUUCAGGAAUUUCCACACCGGCAUCUGGUACUCGUGCGAGGAGGAGCUCGGCGGGCUCGGUGAAAAAUGUCGCAGCUUCAUUGACCUGGCCCCAGCAUCGGAGAAGGGGGUCCUGUGGCUGUCGGUGGUCUCCGAGGUGCUCUAUAUUCUCCUGCUGGUGGUUGGCUUCAGCCUCAUGUGUCUCGAGCUCUUUCACUCCAGCAAUGUCAUCGACGGGCUCAAGCUCAACGCCUUCGCAGCUGUCUUCACGGUGCUGUCAGGCCUCCUGGGAAUGGUAGCCCACAUGAUGUACACACAAGUAUUCCAGGUCACUGUGAGUCUUGGCCCUGAAGACUGGAGACCCCACUCCUGGGACUACGGGUGGUCCUUCUGCCUGGCGUGGGGCUCCUUUACCUGCUGCAUGGCAGCCUCUGUCACCACACUCAACUCCUACACCAAGACGGUCAUUGAGUUCCGGCACAAGCGCAAGGUCUUUGAGCAGGGCUACCGGGAGGAGCCGACCUUCAUAGACCCUGAGGCCAUCAAGUACUUCCGGGAGAGAUGUGAAAUCAAGGCACAGAGAGGUAAAGUGACUUGUCUAAGGUCACACAGCUGGAUCGAGAAGGGGGAUGGGCACGAGGAGGAGGACCUGCGCUUAGACUGUCGUCACGAGAGAUACACUGCCCGACACCAUCCACACAUGGGAGAUUCCUGGCCCCGGAGCUCCACACAGGAGGUCCCCGAGCUGAACCGCCAGUGCUGGGUCCUGGGGCACUGGGUGUGA